AAGCAAAUCUCAGUACUCGGCGCCCCUCCUCUCCACCUUCCGUUGCGGCUUGCUUCGCUCCUCCGACCAUGGAUUGGAUCGGUGAUGGGCGGCCUUCUCCUUCGGGCUCCGCCUUCUGGUCGUGGGUGGUUCCGACGCCAGCAGAGGGUGUGCAUCUCAGCGCCAGCAGAAUCGCCGCCAACGUCGCCCUCUCUUCGAGAUCGUCUCCCUCUUCGGCUCCCUUCUCUCGCCGCCGGCAACGUCUGCCGCCUCCAGCACAUCAACGAAAAUUCGCCUAGAUUUGUGGCGAAACUAAUUGCAAAGGUCGAGAAAACAGGAGCUUGUGCUGGUGUUAUCAACGAGGAGAAAACAAGCGUAGCCCGAAAG